GCAGAAGCAGAGACAGGAGAACGAGAAGGAGGAGGAGGAGGAGGAGGAGCCGUCGCAGGAUGAAGGAUCGGACUCAGGAGCUGCGGAGUGCGAAAGACAGCGAUGAUGAGGAAGAAGUGGUCCAUGUGGACCGAGACCACUUCAUGGAUGAGUUCUUUGAACAGGUGGAAGAGAUCCGGGGCUGCAUUGAGAAGCUGUCAGAGGAUGUGGAACAAGUGAAAAAACAGCACAGUGCCAUCCUGGCCGCCCCCAACCCGGAUGAGAAGACCAAACAGGAGCUGGAGGACCUCACUACAGACAUCAAGAAGACGGCCAACAAGGUUCGAUCCAAGUUGAAAGCGAUCGAGCAAAGCAUUGAACAGGAGGAGGGACUGAAUCGUUCCUCUGCGGACCUGCGCAUCCGCAAGACCCAGCACUCCACACUCUCCCGGAAGUUCGUGGAAGUAAUGACUGAAUACAACGCGACCCAGUCCAAGUACCGGGACCGCUGCAAGGACCGGAUCCAGCGGCAGCUGGAGAUCACCGGAAGGACCACAACCAACGAAGAACUGGAAGACAUGCUGGAGAGUGGGAAGUUGGCCAUCUUCACAGACGAUAUCAAAAUGGACUCGCAGAUGACAAAGCAGGCGCUGAACGAAAUCGAGACGAGGCACAACGAGAUCAUCAAACUGGAAACCAGCAUCCGUGAGCUGCAUGACAUGUUUGUGGACAUGGCCAUGCUGGUGGAGAGCCAGGGCGAAAUGAUUGACCGCAUUGAGUACAAUGUGGAACAUUCCGUGGACUACGUGGAGCGAGCCGUGUCUGACACCAAGAAAGCUGUGAAAUAUCAGAGCAAGGCCCGGAGGAAGAAAAUCAUGAUAAUCAUUUGCUGUGUGGUGCUGGGGGUGGUCUUGGCGUCAUCCAUUGGGGGGACGCUGGGCUUGUAGGCCCCCCCACCCUAUUCCUCCCAGAUCUUUCCCCCACCACAUCGGGAGCAAUACCCCCACCGCCCCUUCACUCCAUCCCCUGCUCCAGGCUCACCCUCGACACAGGCAGCCCCCCUAACCUUUACCGCCCGUCAGACCCUGGAGUCCCUGGACCUCCCCCGACCAUGGACCAUCCUCGCCCCCGCACGUAGAUAGCAGCAGGCGUGAUUACACAUGCACACCAACAUGCAUGCCGCCGGCACAUGCUCGAGACGUGUGGACACCCCAGCGUGUGUGCGUGUGUGUACGUGUGUAACUGUGUGUACAAGCACCCGAUCACCCUUCUUGCCCCCCCACCUCAAGUCUGUGUGUUGUCCGAGCUUUCCCCCUUCCUCUGGGUUGUUGUGUGGACUAUGGCCGGGUGUGACACAGCAGCCCACUGAGCCACACUCUUCUGUCUUCUGUAAACAGGGUUUUGUGUGUGUGUGUGUGUGUGUGUGGUCACAGAUCCAUGGAUACACAGUUUGUGUCCGUGGAAUUUUGUGUUUGGGUGUUUCAAUCCAAUGUAACAGCACCACCUCCCUUGACAUGCCCCCUUCCCCUGAGUCUGCUACAAAUGGGGCAGGUUGUAUGUGUGCAGAGGUUCACACUCAUUCCCUGAGGAUCCAGGUUGGUCCAAGUACACACAGAUCAUGGCAGACACCCCAGCAUGGUGUGGAGCCAACCCUCCUGGCCUAGUCACCCCUGGGGCUGGCCUGUGUCCUAGGGAGCACAUGUGUGCAUAUGGGGUUCAGCCGAGGUAAGCAAGUGGACGCAUGCACGUGUAAAUAAUCUAGCUCAGCCUGUAUAUCUGUGUGCAUUUCCCCCGGCAAGUCAUGUGAAGGGUGUGUGUGUGUGUGUGUGCAUGUGCGUGUGCAUAUCUAGGCUGUGUCUAAGGUGUCGGUAGGUGUUCUCUUGAGAUAGAACCCUCUACAUUUUGCAUGGGACACCUGUUUUGGAUGGGCACAGAAAUCUAUAUUUCUACGCUAUCUCAAGUACGUCUGCAAGUGUGUGUGUGUAUGUGUGUAUAGAGGAUUUCUACAUAGUGUGUUUCUGCCCCCCUGUGUAUGAUACCCACAUCCGUUCACCUGCAAGGACCUGUGCCCCGUCCAGGUUUGUUGAUCCAAGUUAUUUGCUCGCUCCCUCUCUCCCCAGAGCUGCUGGCUGCUGUUGGGUGUGGCCACACGUGGCUCCAUCAACGUUGUGCAAUGGCCGCUUCCUGCCCUGCGUGGUCCAAGCCCCUGUGCACACAAGCCCACAUGCUUAUCUUUCUCUGUCACGUAGGCCUGGGCGUGUAGAAGCUGGGACACCUCAGUGUCUCCUACCUGCCACGGGGAUGAGGCCACACCCAGGCACACACAUAUGCACACAGGAGCCCAGUGCAUGCUGACACCAGCAUGAAGCCUGUAGAGGUUGGCACUGGGGCACACGAAUGUCUCCUGGAAAGGCUGUUGGUGGGAAACGCUACUGACCAGGGGAAUGGCAGGGGCUGCCCCAGGCUCUCAGAAUGAGAACAUUCCUGAAAAUUACCUCAGAACCGAAAAGAGGCCGGUGAUGGUCCCUACCACCCUGUCUGAUGCGCUGGCCUUUGGGGUUUAGGGAACUGCUUAUUUCAGACGUACUGGAGUGGGCUGAGUCAUGGGACCCAUUCCCUGGACGUGAGUACUGCCGCAGUGUCACCAAUAGCAGUUGGCCCACAGGGUGAGUCAGAGUGGGACACGGGCCCGGGUUUGUGAUGGUGAGGAAGGGGCCAGCUCCUCCCUUGCUGCGUAGACAACACAUGCAUGGCUGGAUUUGUGCAUUGGGUGGCAGGUGGGGGAGGGGUACAUGGGCAGAAAACAGUGUUUGAAGCCUUCCACUCCAUUGGCCCAGGAACAUACGUGUGCACAGGGCGGAGGACUUUGGUAUGUGUACACAUGGUUUCCUGGAGGCCCUCUUCAUGUGAAGUGUGUGUGCGUGAGGGAGACAAUGCAGUUGUGACCUUCUGGAACGUAAUACCCCACCCCGCCCCAGCCCCAGCUCAGAUAGCCAAUCUCCUCCCUACCUGGCUGGGCCCUGCCUAUGUGUAUGGCCCAUAGAUGCACGGGACCCCUAAGGUGGGCUGUCCCCAGGAGGGGCGCCUGCCUGUCCAUUCCCACAGUGCCCUUCGUCAGGACAGGAAGUUUGCCCCCGGAUCUGACUGUAGCCCCCUUGCUCACACUCAGGCUUCUUUGGGGACGUCAGAGCAGGCCCCAGCACCCCCGACCCAACCCUUUUUCCUUCCGGCCGCCCAGCCAGGAUACCCUCUCAGCCCAGGUGUUUCCGGAAUUCCCACGGCCUUGGGGCCACGAGGAGAAGGCUGGAGCCAUGGCUGGAGAGAUGCUGUUGCCUCCUUGAGUGGCAUUAGGUCUGUAAUUGCCCAUCUCUGGGCCUCAGAUGGACCAAAGGAUCCCUGAGGGUCUGAUUCUCCAAGUCCCACCCACCACAGGAUGUUUGCCUAUUGGCUGCUGUGUCCGUGCGUGUCCUGGAACUGUUGUCUGGGGGCUGGUGUGUCUUGCAUGUUCUCAGAUGAGUGUGUGCUGCCCACCUGCCCGCCAAGCCCCUACCACCAUCAAGCCCCUGUGUGCCCCGUGGGUGGUCCCGGGCCUGGCCAAGGCUCGCUGCUUCCCCUCCCCCCUUCUCCCUAGCCCUGCCUUUCACGAAGCACACUGCGUGUCCAUCCCAUGUGCCUGUGGGUUGAUGCACGCUCUUGCCACGCCUUGAGCGUGUGUACAUGAUGUGUUCUAUGCAUUCACCCUGCCCCACCCCCAGCCUGCCCCACAGAGGACAAGAUGGGUGGCCCCCGGCUCCCUCCUCCCCCACCUGCCCCCCCACCUUGCCUGCUGUGCAACCGUGUGCGUUGGCGUGUGUUUCUGUGUCGCUGGCGUGUCACGUGAUGUAGCCGUGUUUGCUGACAUGAGCCCCUGCCCCUUCUGUUUCUCCGUUGGUUUCUAGAGCUCUUUCCCUCUCCUCCCCGGAGGGGACAGGACUCCUGGGGCCUGGCUGGGGGCCCAGAGCCAGGCCAUCCUCUCCUGUUAGCCCUCAGAGUCCCAUUUCUCUCUAUUGGUGACCAAGUUGCAAAUGGAUAAAAUACAGGAAAAUUCUGCCCCCCACCCCCGCCCUGCAUGUCCUGUCCCCAGAGCCCCCCACCCCCACCCCGGGCCGGGUUGGGCCCCGUGGGACGGGAGAAAUAGCAACUAAUCCAACAGCGGGA